ACGAGAAGGCAUAGGGGAGGACAGCACGCUACAGCACUUGCUGGAGCACGAGGGAAUGCCCUUCACCGGUUCCGGGUCUGAAGCGUCUCAGCUGUGUAUGGACAAGGUCGCCACAGGCCAGGCGAUUGCGCAUCUGUGUAUGGACAAGGUCGCCACUGGCCAGGCGAUUGCGCAUCUGUGUAUGGACAAGGUCGCCACAGGCCAGGCGAUUGCGCAUGUGAGUAUCGGGGCGUCUCAGCUGUGUAUGGACAAGGUCGCCACAGGCCAGGCGAUUGCGCAUGUGAGUAUCGGGGCGUCUCAGCUGUGUAUGGACAAGGUCGCCACUGGCCAGGCCAUCGCUCAUGUGAGUGGCAAGGCAAGGGUGAGCCUCUUACCUGUGUAUGGACAAGGUCGUGACGAGCUAGGCCAUAGCUCAUCUCAGCUGUGUAUGGAUGAGGCCGCUAUGGGUCAGACCAUUGCUCAUCUGACCUCGGAUGGUGUAUUCUCGGCUCGAAAGCUGCUCCUUUCCCUUGACCAAUUGCUGCCCUGUGCUACUGCUGCUGCUGGCGCUGGUUCUGCCGAUGCCACGUGGCAGCGUCUGAUUGGCGAGCUCCAGGCUGACUCGUUCUGUGUGAAGCCGGCCACAGACGGGUGCUCUGCUGGCGUCGCCCGACUUGCCAACCCAUCCGACCUAGCAGUGUACGUCGCAGCAGUCAGGGAUGCGGCUCCUCGCCUGCUGCCAGGCCAGCUGUCCACACUAUGUGGGAUAGUGGAGAUGCCUGUUCGCCCCUCAACCCAUUUACUCUUCGAACCCUUCAACAUACCCAGUCCCCAACCUUCCUUCCCUCCCCCUGUCCCCCACCCUUAUCUUGUAUAUCCUACGUCCCCCCACCCUUCCUCUCAGUUGUGUGGGAUAGUGGAGAUGCCUGUUCGCCCCCCGACCCAUCUGCUCUUCGAGCCCUUCAUCGAAACAGACCCCAUUCGACCGCUACCAACCGCACAGCAGCAGCAGCAGGAGAAGGAAGAGGAGGGCACGUGUGACAAUAACGAGGGGCUCGUGUGGGAAGGGAGGCGGCGGUGGGUGGAGGUGACUGUAGGGGUGGUGGGACACCGGGGAAGGAUGAGGGCCCUGGCUCCGAGUGUGACUGUAAAGGAGGCUGGAGACGUGCUCACUCUGGAGGAGAAGUUCCAAGGUGGCACUGGCAUCAAUCUCACUCCCCCUCCAACGUCCAUCAUCAGUGCAAGUGCCCAGGAGGCGGGGCGGAGGCGCAUUGAGAUGGUGGCCAGUGCUCUCAACAUCGACGGUUUCGCCCGCAUUGAUGCCUUCAUGCAUGCAGACACCGGCGAGAUUAGAUGGAUCAGGCCGCAGAAGGUCGGACCUGGGUUGCGAAAUCUAGGUAACACGUGUUACCUGAACAGCGUGUUACAAUGCCUGACGUACACGCCGCCGCUCGCGAAUUUCUGCCUGCAGCAGCAGCACACCAAGAUCUGUGCACUUUUGAACCCUGGGGGAACAGCGUCCUGCCCCUUUUGCAUUCUCGAGCGCCGUAUCGCCCGCUCUUUGACUCUCGAGGCCGCCCGGGACACGCCUAGGGUUGUAGUGAACCGCUUAAAGCUCAUUGCCAAGAGUUUCAGUCACGGGCGGCAAGAGGACGCCCAUGAGCUGCUUCGAUACGCGAUAGAAGCAUGUAACAGAGCGUGUGUAGCCCUGCACAAAAAGGUAGUUGCUGCAGCCGCAGCUGCUGCUGCUUCUGCGGCUGGGAAUACUGUUAGUGGGCCGAACGGCAGUCCGGAUGUGACUAAAUCGGGGCCCUUGAGUCCACUGAACCAGCUGGUGGAAGGGAUGUCUCUAAACGAGGGGGCCAGCGUUCAGAAGAUGCACACGAGGCGCAGCUCUAGAUUAUCCCUAGACCGAGCAAACAACGGUAGGGAAUCAGCAGAGGGAGGUCCGUUCUCCCAGCAGUUUGCCCCAGACCAGCAGCAGUGCAUGCAGUUGGGCCAAUUGACAGGCAGUGAGGGAUCUCUAGUGCCUCAGUUAGGGGACCCUGUGGAGAACACAGAUAUGGACGUAGACGUGGACGUAAACGUAGACGUGGACGUAGCAGAAGUGCCUGAACCGUCUGCUGCUUCCGCACCAGCGCCUGCCACAGGAUCAUCCUCAGCAGCGGCUGUAGCGGAUGAGGCGGAUGUAGCAGCAGGGGGUAGCAGCAGCAGCGGGGGUGGGAGUUUGCCUAGGAGACGGAUGAGCUUGAGAAGGCGAGGGUUCGCCACUGAUGGGGAGGAAGAGGAGGACAGGGACGGGGGUUUUGGGCAUGCGGGAGCAGGGGCGGGGGCGGGGAGGGGAGUGGGCGGAGGCAGGGCGCGGAAGGGAAGGGGGGUUGCGCUGCGGGUAGGGCUGCAUGUCUUGCCCGGAAGGGGGAAAGGGCGGGGGGCAGGGGCGGGAGGGGCGGCAGCAGGGGCAGCAGCGGAUCAGAUUGGCUCACCUGGAAAAUCUCCUGGUAGAAGCAAGGGAAGCCCCAGG